AUGCCAACCCGCGAAUGUAUAAGCAUUCAUGUGGGCCAGGCCGGUGUGCAGAUUGGCAAUGCCUGUUGGGAGCUCUAUUGUCUGGAGCACGGCAUCCAACCUGAUGGCCAGAUGCCCAGUGACAAGACAAUUGGAGGGGGUGACGACUCAUUCAAUACCUUCUUCAGUGAGACUGGCGCUGGUAAACACGUACCCAGGGCGGUGUUCGUGGAUCUCGAACCGACUGUACACAUCUUCUGUUUAGAUGAGGUGAGAACUGGCACCUAUCGACAACUGUUCCAUCCGGAGCAGCUAAUCACUGGAAAAGAGGAUGCUGCUAACAACUAUGCCCGUGGCCAUUACACCAUCGGCAAAGAGAUUGUCGACCUCGUCUUGGACCGAAUCCGUAAACUGGCCGAUCAGUGCACUGGACUCCAGGGCUUUCUCAUCUUCCAUUCCUUUGGCGGAGGUACUGGCUCUGGGUUUACCUCUUUGCUGAUGGAGCGUCUGUCGGUCGACUAUGGCAAGAAGUCGAAGCUCGAGUUUUCCGUAUAUCCAGCGCCACAGAUCUCCACUGCCGUUGUUGAGCCAUACAAUUCAAUUCUUACGACACACACGACGCUGGAGCAUUCAGACUGUGCUCGUAAUCUGGACAUUGAGAGACCUACCUACACGAAUUUGAACCGCUUGAUCGGCCAGAUUGUCAGUUCUAUCACGGCCUCACUUCGCUUUGACGGUGCACUUAAUGUGGAUCUGACAGAAUUCCAAACCAACUUGGUACCAUAUCCUCGUAUCCAUUUCCCUCUGGCCACCUACGCGCCUGUCAUCUCAGCCGAGAAGGCCUAUCACGAGCAGUUGAGCGUGGCUGAGAUCACGAACGCUUGCUUCGAACCGGCCAACCAGAUGGUCAAAUGCGACCCCCGACACGGCAAGUACAUGGCCUGCUGCAUGCUGUACCGAGGUGACGUCGUCCCGAAGGAUGUUAAUGCUGCUAUCGCCACCAUCAAAACGAAGAGGACCAUCCAAUUUGUUGACUGGUGUCCUACCGGUUUCAAGGUCGGCAUUAACUACCAGCCACCCACUGUCGUGCCCGGUGGUGACCUGGCCAAGGUGCAACGUGCUGUGUGCAUGUUGAGCAACACGACGGCCAUUGCCGAGGCCUGGGCCCGCCUCGACCACAAGUUCGACUUGAUGUACGCGAAGCGUGCCUUUGUGCAUUGGUACGUCGGUGAGGGAAUGGAGGAGGGAGAGUUCUCAGAGGCGCGUGAGGACUUGGCCGCUUUAGAGAAGGACUACGAGGAAGUCGGUGUUGACAGUGUGGAGGCCGAGGGGGAGGGAGAAGAGGGCGAGGAAUACUAG